UCAAGAAAAUACGUAAACGAAAGCAAACAACAAAAAUAACACAAACAAUUGAAAUAAAUUCUAUUUGAAUGUACAUAAAAUAAAAUUAUGGAUAAAUUUUGAAUAUCCUAUUUUACAUAUAUACAGUACGCACACAAAAAUGGCGCAGCUAUUGGAUUUUAAGAAAAUUUGCCGAGCUUGUUUAACAGAUUCAGGACCUUUGAAAGAUUUAUUUACAGUGUGUACGGCAGGGAUAUUUAAAUACUGUACUUCUGUUGAGAUUUCAGAUGGUGAUUCAUUGCCGAAGCUAAUUUGUCAAACAUGUUUAGAACUUUUAAAUAAGUUAUAUUACUUUAAGCAAGUAGUGGUAAGAUCCAAUGUGAUAUUGAAACAACAGUGCAAAUUACAGGUAAAAGCAGAAGCUCAUCAGAUAGAAAACAAUGAUUUGGUUGAAGUGAACCUAACAGAAAUCAGUGAAGAAAUGAAGAUACAGGAGACUGCAAUGAAUGAUACUUCACUGAGUGCAGAUACUAUGCCGUCAGACACUGCUAGUCUUAUAAGUCAGAUACUGGCGCGGCGGCGGAGGCGAGGGCCCGGCCGGCCGCCGAAGGACCCGGCGGGGGCGCAGCGCCGCCGCGAGCGGAUGAAGUGCGUCAAGUGCGCUAAGAGCUUCCACAAGUACGAGAACUUCGAGGCACAUAUGCGAGGACACUUUGGGAAGCAGCCGGACAUAAAAUGCAAGCACUGCGAGAAAACGUUCCUAUCCCUGCGCAGUCUCAGCAGUCACAUACGAAUCCACAACGCGGACCGCAAGUACCAGUGUCGCGUGUGCGGGAAGAGCUUCGCCUACCUCAACGUGCUGAAGAACCACGAAAUGAUACACGAGGGCAUUAAGAAGCACGAGUGUCAUAUGUGUGACGCGAAGUUCGUGCAGGCGUACAACCUUAAGAUGCACCUGGAGACGCACAACAACGAAAAGAACUACAGCUGUUCGCAAUGCGGCAAGAAGUUCGCUCAGCCCGGCAACCUCAAGAUCCACCUCAUACGACACACUGGCAUUAAGAAUUAUGCGUGCUCGCUGUGUGAUAUGCGGUUUUAUAUUAAGGCAGAUCUAGUGAAACACAUGCGGUCUCACUCAGCGGAGAAGCCAUUUUCUUGUCAACUGUGCGACAAAACGUUCAAGAGUCGGAGUUUUCAAGCCAUCCACAUGCGAACACAUACUGGCGAGCGUCCAUACGCGUGCGACCUGUGCCCGAAGAAGUUCAUGGCGCGCAAGGACCUGCGCAACCACCGCAUGAUACACACGGGCGAGAAGCCGCACAAGUGCCAGCUGUGCAGCCAGGCCUUCAUACAGAAGUGCGCGCUCAAUCGGCACAUGAAGGGCCACGGCAGGGAGGAGACGCACGGGCUGAUCGUACGGGGCCCUGGUAGGGAUGAGACACAUGGGCUACUCGUCAGAGGCCCUGGGCCCCAGAUGGACACGCCGCCUCUAGCGUACGCGCACCACCAGUGGCAUCCAGAUGUGUGAUAGUGUGAAUGGGAAUGAGGCCCUCAAGAGGGAUGGGAAUCAUUGACUGUUAGGGCCUCAGAUUAUACUCUGCCAUUGGAGUAAAGCACCAUAGACAUUGGGAUAUUUGUGAUAGUGCCUGUUUGUUUAAAUGAAACAUUAUUGACACUGAUGUUUUGAGGAGUGUUUUCUGACAGUGCCCAGUUCUUAAAACACAUCCUCGAGGUUCUUUAAAAUUCCAUAUAAACGGCUGAGUGUUUUCAAAUGUCUCGUACAACAGCUGUAGUUGUGACAUGAAAUACAGAAGUUUUCUAGUGAUCUUUGCAUAUCUAUCUUAUCUAUGGUUUGGUUUGAUGGAAUGACUUUAUAUCAAUGAAAUAAGAAAAUCGUUGUCAGUAAAACUUGAAGAUGGAGCCUUGUACAAGUUAUGUAAAAUUGAAUGAGUAAGUUAUUAUUUUAUGUUCUUCUUAUAGUCAAUGAGAAUUUUUUGUGAAUGUUUAUGGAAAAUUUUCUGUAAACUGUAUUUCCAUUGUAAUGAUAUAGCAAUAAGGGAGACAUUUUCUAUACA